AUCACCUUGACGACUUAGGUGUAGCUGACCAUGAAAAGGGCGAAUUCAGGCUUCAUAAGGCCCUGCCAUUGUUCAGAGAUCAGGGUCAGCCAGUGAUGAUCUUUUGCAGUUUGUGGGGAUGGACACCUUUGGCAAUAAGUUACAGCAGAAGGCUCUGCAGCAACCUAAGCAGAAGAAAUCCAAGUCGGCUGAAUUUCUGAUGGGAAGGGAAGAGAGAGCUACUGUGGUGGGCGUAGAAAACCCAGCCUUCGAUGAAGGAGGAAGCACUGAGCUUUCCAUUCCUUCGAUUUGGCUGGGGAGAGAAAUUCGAGGUGACAGGCCUGAUAGCACCCUUGCAGCUCACCAAAAAAAAAUGGAGCUGCAAGCCCCUGCCAAAGAAAGAGGAAAUGAGCGUGCCCAAAAUUACUUUGACCCGUCGUCGGCAGAGCAGACAGACCCAAGGCAUUGCAGGACGGCUGGGGUCAGCGCUGAAGAUGAGCUGGAAUUAACAAUAUUGAAUGGUGAUGAAAACAGACUGUAUGAAAGGAUGGCUGCGCUGCUGGAUGAGGAUGAUACCUUCAUAGACAUACCCGGUACCCUGCAAGCCUCCAGGGAUGAGGAGGUGUUGGAGGUGAAGGUGGGUGAUCUGGUGCUUCAGCGGCGACUGCUGCUCCACAGUGGUGGUGAUGCCUCGGGCUCCAGGCCCUCCCAGGCCCGUACCAUUGCCAAAACCCAGGCUGAGGAUAGUGCUGGGCUGGGAGGAGAGGCUGGACUCGAAGCAGGGAGGAUGGUAAUGGGCAGAGAAAGCACUGUAAAAAUGAGGACAGCUGAGGAGGUGAUCCCCCACUACGCCCAGCAGCUGAGGGAGCGUGUGCGGCCUGACAUGAUCAUGCUUGGCAGCCUUUCACUGCAGCAGCAAGCGGCUAAGAAGGGACCCUUGAAGAGGAGUGAGUGGGCAAACAGAAAAAACAGACUAAUGGCCCUCUUCACUGGCAAUGUUAAGCAGCCCAAUUCACAGAGAGACUGCGAUGAGGCAGGGAGACCACAACCCAGACUGAACACGCUGCUCCAGUGCAGCAGAAACACUGAAAGCCCUUCACUCAGAGUGCUGGGGGAAGGCCAAGAAGAAGCCAUAGCCAAAUACAGCCAGAUGACAGAGCUCCCACAAUCCUCUUCUUCAGCAUCAUGGCCCCUGUGGCAGGGCGACCAGAGCAACACUCUCCAGCCUCUGGAGGUGUGUGUGUGUUGCUUAAGAGCCACCAGAGACAAGCUUCCCAGGGGUCUCUAUACCGUCAGUGUGGCCCUUCACAGCCGUCUCGGGGGUCCAGCUCUGUCCUGGUACAACAAGAAAAAACAGCAAACCUUGGCAGCAUCCACUGAGCCGACUGAGCACCGGGGCCGUUUCUACGACAAUGACCUGCACGUUAACCAGAGCCUGUUCAUGAUUUUACCUGCCGCCUGUGAGAUCGUCCCCUCCAUGGUCCUGGUAUUCCAACUGAUCACACUAGCAGGAGACAGCAGCCACAUCAGCUCUGUACUGGCCUGGGGGGCGUUUCCAGUUUGUGGACCGAGCUUCAGUCUCAUCCAGGGCAGGUUCAAAACUCCACUGCUCAGGGGGGAGCCCAGCACGCAACUGGACCAGUUUAAAAAAAUUGAAGCCCUCAUCUCCUCUGAUCUAGACCACUGGCUGUGCAACCUGUAUUUUCAGGUAAAAAGGCUCCCACCAGGAAUGUCUGGGGGGCCAGAACACUGCAUCACCGUAUUGAUACCCCCUUCAAACCUUCCUGUGAUGCCUCAACCUGCAGUCCAUCAUGAUCAACCCCAGAAUCAGCUGCCACUCCAGCCUUCAUCACAGUCUCAGUUCUGUCCUCAACUCAUCCAUCCCCAGUCCCAACAGCAGGGGCAUACAGGCCCCAGCUGCAGAUCAGGAGAGCCCACUGUGCUACAUUCUCACCGGGGGUCUCCUCUCCACCUGUCAGCUGAUUCCGCUUGCUCUUCCUCAUCUCUGCCAGGGAAGAAUUUCUCCUCAGGAGCCUUUUCUGGAAACACUGGAGAGAAGAGUGAUCCAUAUAGGGAGAAAGCAGAGAGCGGGAUUCACUACAAGAAGAAGCCAAUCAAGAAGACAAAUAGCUGUGGCCCCAGCAUGAGCGGCAGAAGUGCACCGCCUCGGCAGGCAGACAAACAGAAGAUGCAGCCUUCAAUGGAGAGCCUCUCCACGGAGGAGAUGGAGGAGUAUACAUUCUCCCUACAAUCAGCACUGACUGGACCUAGUUCCUGUCCUCCGAACCUGUCCAACCGAGCCCGCCUGGCACUCUGCAUGCUGCCAUCCGAGCUGGGCCUGCCGUUGCCGCGGCAACAACAACAACUGCAUAGUAGCUGGCAUGGCUCCGUUCAGCAGCUCGGCCUCAUUACGCUGCUGCUGGCUUUGAUGUGGUUUGUGAGGCUCUACCUGCAUUACUGCAGCCAGUGGCUCUACCUCCAGGCCAUAGCAGUUCCUGUCAACAAAUUCCACUUCCAUGCACACACGGUAGACCUCGUGUACCAGAGUUCUGUGCUCCACACCCGGGAGGAGCUGGCAAUGGUGGUGGUGGGUCCCCUGACCUUGAACGCAAUAACGUUCCUGCUGGUUCUGAUCAGAUGGGGCUGUCAACAGAUAUUUGGCUCACUCCCUUCCUUCACGUCAAAGUUUAUCAUGGCUCAGGGAGUGUGGACAGUCCUCGACCCCCUGGCAGUCUUUGCAGUGGACGCCGUCCUCGGGCGUCUCGCCUACAGCCCCGAUGCACCGGUUGCUGACGCAGCCAAGCUUUACUGGCACUUCUAUCGAGCUGACCAGUCAGGUGCAGCAGGGGUGAUCAUCACUCUGUUCCUCUACGCCGUUCUUUUCCUGCUUUCCAUCACCAUCCUCUCCAUUUACCUGCUCAGAUUCCACAACGAUGGUCGCAUGCUGGAUAUCUUUCAGCGGCUCACAGCCAAGGAGGGGAUGUACUUCCUGCCUCAAGACUUUGAGCUGUCCAAUCAGGAACUGAGCUACAUUGUCAAGAAAGCAGAGCAGUGGAGAGGCUUCAAUGGGGAGAGACGCAAGGUGGCUGUUAAUGACUAUAUCUGGACAGCAGAGGACCCUUUGUCAGGCUCUGCAGCUCCUAGUGAUGAGCCCCAUAGGGAAGGUGCACCCCUGCCACAGGGUGAGACCAGCACCCAUGUGACCGUCUACACACUGUACCAGAGUGGGUUAAAGCAAAGAUACAGGCACUUCCUCAGACAACCGGAUGGGGCUAUCAUUGAGGUGAUUGGUGACGUGGAGGGGGUUGACAAUGCAACCAGGAUGGUGCCAUGCCCCAGUCAGAGCUCUGCCAAUCAGAGGGAGGAUAAGGGAGGUGCAAGCGCUUCACUCCAGCUACGGAAACGGAAGAAACUGUUUGGGCGGUUCCAUCGUGUUGAGCCAGUAGGGGGAAGCGGAUGCGGCUCUAGUUUUGCACUGCAAGACCUCAAUCAAUGAUAUCAAAUGAAAAUGAAGAUCUUUCGACCUUAAACUGAUUACCAUAAUCUGACUUUAAAAGUCUGCAAUAUACUGUAGAAGUUGUUUCAUUUUUGAAUACUGGAAUUGUUUCUGCUCUUUAUAUAGUUGUUAGAUUCAAAUAUUAAAAACUCUGUUGAUUAAUUUCCCAGCUAUAAGUAGUUUAGAUUGUAUUGCUGACUUGGAAAUGCAGUAUAAUGUGUCUCAUUAACAAAUUUGAACAACUUGUUUCUACACGUCUACACGUACUGUAUCAUUUGUGUCAUACAAAACAGAAUUACAGUCAGAAAUAACUUCCACGCCAAUAGCUGACUAAUACCAACCUCAGUGGUAGUACUGUAAGUUACAGUGUUUUGCUCUUCAAAACCUAUACAAGUAAACACAAGUAGUGUAUGCGAACUGAUAAACUAUCUGUGACCUAAUAAACCUAAUAAACACUUGAGCAACACUUCUAAUGAAUGCAGGUUGUUAAGUGACCCACACUGCCUCAACACAAUGAAAUAUGAAGAUUCCUAAAGUCACUAAUCAGAACACGAGUGAUAAAAUAUCAAUAUUGGCCUCACAUUAAGCAGGAUAAUAUUCAGGCCAGCUUGAUUUGUAUUGAAUAUGUGUCUGCUAGCCGGUGCUUAGUGUAAUGAAGUGGCUCACAAAUCAGGCCGUAAUGGCCGCCUACUUACACAUAUUGCUUAAUUAAAGGUUGUGAGCUUAUUAGCAUGUGUCUCUGGCACAGGGUGCAGGAAGAUGGGGAUCAGGACUGAUGUCGUUGAGGGCUCGGCUUUAAAGGUUUUAUAGCUAGCUAACCUAUCAUACUAAAGCCAUAGCCCCCCUAAAAUCGGAUCUUAAUAACCUGUCAUUUUCAUUGAUGAUGAUUCUCCUUUAUGGGCAGCCAUUACAGAUCAAGUUCUGGGUCGUGUUGAAUGGCGAUAGUGGUCAUUUGUGCUCGUCAUUAUCAGGAACACACCUUACUUUGGCCUUGAAGUUGCUCCUCACCUCCAUGUUUAAACCAUCACAGUCUUGGCCCUGGGGCACGGUGCACAGUGCAUAUGGACACACACACAUAACACAUUUACUCUCACACACACCCUUAAGAUCCAUAGAGCUCUGAUGGAGCAAUAUGCCGUCCCAGCCUAAAAGUCCCCAUAAAAGGAUUGAAAAUGAGAAAAGAGAAAAAUUACUGGAUGACAUUUUUUGUGGUUUAUUGUCCAUCUGCGAUAGAAAAUGACGAAAAGUACAUUUUGACAUAAUUCUACAGAGAAAUAAUCAAUGGUUAACCUUUAAUAUAUGCAAAUGCUCAACAUUUGUUUAUUUUGGUGCACCUUUAACAUUGCCAACAUAGACCAGUGGAGCAUCCUGCCCUUCUGCCUGCCUUUGACACAAGCCAGAACCUAUAGAGCUAAUGCGCUCCAAUUAGAGAUCACUCCAUUAACAGUGACAGUGCUACACCCCCAAUUCAAUCAGCCCCUUAAUGAACAUUAAGCAGAGACGCUGCCUUUCAGAGAUGACAGGAAGCUCUUCUCUUUCUCCAUUUGUCCUACCUUACUGCCGGGAUCAUUUAACUCAACUCUUCAGUUUGGUCUUUGCAUACUUUGCCUGUUUUUAUUUAAUAUGCAACACGAUGUCGGUCUGAAAUGCAGCUGAAUAACAUACAGACAUAUUCCACUGUUCUUUUUGUUUUAAUAUGUUACUCUUUUAUAUAAAUCUGUAAAACUGAUGAAUUGCUCUUGUUUCACCUCCUGCUGUCUCUCGUGAUGUUUUCUGAGAGAAUCAUCACCUUUUCUAUUCAUCAAAACAACGCCUGGUGUAGUAUUUUUUUCCAACUUGGGGCAAAGAGUGCAGAUGCAGAGGGGGCAAAGGUAUUACAAUGGUUCAAAUAUUUGAUUGUUAAUGACAAACACCCAUCUCACCACAAUUUAAAUUUCAAAUUGAUCCCUGGGAGCAAUUAUUUCUGAGGGAGAGAAACAUGCCGCUAGGUCUCUGCUCCACACAUUUGCUGAUUUAAGUUAAAAGAAAACCUUUUUGCAGUGCUAUCAUAAGGGAGCUGCAACUUUUUGAAGUAAGUGCCUGCAUCUGCUUAGAGCCAACCCAACCUGGGGAUGUUGCUGGAGAGUGAGAAAAGAGUGGAAAAAUAAAACAUAAAAAGAAAAAAAUAACACUUUGUCUAAUUCUAUAUUUAUGUAGCCCUCAGCUUGAGGUAUUCACAUAAAACAGUUUGUAUUCAGAAGUGCUGCGGUGAUCGUUAUGCUGCACGUUGAGAUCGGCAACUCUUCGGGCACGGUUGGCGGGUGCGGCUCAGCCUGAUUCAUUUGAAUUAAAGUUGCUCAACUAAAUAAAAGGGAUUCAAAUUCCCCCUUCUGCUGCUGUUUUUCCUUCUUCUUUCCAAACCUUCUCUGAUUGUUUUUUAAGGCAAUCACUAAAGCAAUUCUUUUGAUGAAGAAUUUUGUCCAUUUACUGUCUUUGCAUACAUGUCUGUGUUUUCUAUUUACACAGGUUCAUUUAAUUCACGUGUUUGAUGUUGAAAUAUAAUUAUGCUUUGUAAAAAGAGAAAGAACUUUCUGUUCUGAUUUUUUGAUCAGAGAAAACCUACAAACCUUAAGGAUAUCUGGGGGCACUGGGAGCACCUAUAAUAAAAAAAAUGUUGAAAAUGUGUAAUCUUAAAUAUUACAUCCAAAUUAAUCAUUUAAAUUUCAACUUCUUUGUAUACUUUCGCACACAUUCCUUAAAAAUUAAUAAGAAGGUCAUUUUUUUAUAAUUGAUUGAUCAUUAUGAUUAAAAUAAAAGCAUGAUCCAAGUCUCCUUUUUAUUUUCCAUCUUUUAUUUUUAGGAUAGUGUUGAAAGAACACCUGCCUCAGCUUUAACAGUAUGGUAGUCUACCACUUUGUGAUAAAUUUUAGUCGGUCCUAAAAAUGUGGAACCUGCAAAACCAGUACGGUAGUGGUAUUUUAUGGCACUGCAUCAAAACAGUAAUAUGCAAAACAGAUUUACAUUCCAGACCUUUAUCAGGUUUUUAUGCCCAAGCUGUAUUCUUGUCCACUGACCCCAAACGUGAUUUCCUGGUGCUUAAGCUGUGGAAAACACACACGGAUGGGGUGUGUGACGAUGUCAACAUCGUGCCAUAUUUCUGUGGCAUCUGGGUAGAUCAUGUGCCUCCCUACACACAUAUUUAUUUAUUUUUCCUUUUCCAGAACAGUGUCAGGGAGGCAGAUGUCCUGCUCACAGGAAAAAUAAUUUGCGGUGAAAAAAAUGGAGGGGAGGCGAAGGGAGAAAUAUAUGAAUAUGCAAAUCUUGUCACAGUGUGGAACCUUGUAAUGAGUGGGAAAUGUUGUUGCCAUCUUUUAUUAUGCAGAGGUCAUUGCUUAAUGCCAGGCAGCUGGGCCCAGCUUCUUCUCUCUGAGCUCCCCCCAACCUCUCCUGUCAUCUCACAGCAACUUGAACCAAACUACAGCCUGGCACCACAUAGUUCACAGACGCACAAGCAUGCACAUGCAGACGCACAAAUCCACAGCACCUGCUUAUUGCAGUUGUUGAAAGAAAACCUUGUAGAUUUACUUUUCUUUUUCAUCACUUCACUGAAGGGAUUACAACAAUUCUUGAAAGUGUUGAGCUUUUAAGACAGACUUACUGAAUAAAUAAAAAUGUUAUAAUGCUGUUCAUUGUGUGCUUUUGCUCUAAUCUCAGUG